CCUGAGCGCACUGUGGCCGGCCCACACGGGGAGGGGUUUGGCUCUCUCUGUCAUUAACAGAUUCAAAAACGAGAGAGAGAGAAACUUAGCGCAGUCCUGGUUGAAGAGGUCCCUACACAGAGAAGCAGAGGGAAAGAGAAUCGGCAACUUGGCUGAUUUCAACCCAGGCUGUCUGAACUGAGCUCGAAGUUUCUUGGCUGAUCGGGGAAGGAAUACUUUGGAGCCCGUCUGCCCCACACAGCGCUGUUGUGGAUAUUUACGUCCACCUUGUCUCCUCUUUAGAAGAAUGGCGAGAGAUUACGCGGCGCGCUGUCCGGUCUCUCCGGUGAGAAACACUUGGCUGGUAGCGGCAACGAUCCUCCUCGUUGCCAAAGGUAUCGGGGCUCAGAAAGUGCGAGUGGAAGAGGAGCUGGAGGCGUAUCCCACAGAGUCCGUGGAUCUCCGUUGCCAGUUCAUCGAUGGAGGAGGCCGGACCAAGCUCACGCAGGUGUCUUGGAUCUGGGAACCCACUGAUGGCCAAAGGGACAACAUUGCUGUUUACCACCCGAUCUACGGACAGAGUUUCCCCAACGUGGCUUUCAAAGACCGAGUCGCCUUCCUGCACAACAGUCUGGAGAAUCCGUCCAUCAGGAUUUCUAAGCUGAGAAUGUCCGACGCCGGCCGCUACACCUGCGAGUACGCCACCUAUCCUUCUGGAAACGAACAAGGGACGACCACCCUCAUCAUGCUCGCCAAGCCUAAGAACUCAGCCAAGGUGGUGACUGUCCAGGCUGGCACCAAAUCGGUGGUGGUGGCCCAGUGCGAGGCGGCGGAGGGCAAACCGGCCGCUACCAUCAAGUGGCUGGCAUCGGUCGGAGGAAACCACUCAACCAGCACCACAAACGGCCCGGACGGGACGGUGACGGUACGCAGCGAGUACCGCCUGGUUCCCACGCCGACGGACAACGGCAGGGAGGUGACCUGCAUGGUCGACCAGAAGACACAGGAGAGGCCGUGGGUUUACCCUGUGAAGCUCUCCGUGGAGUACCCGCCCUCCGUGUCCAUAGAGGGCUACGACAACAACUGGUACAUCGGCCGCUCUAACGCCGUACUCCUCUGCCUGGCCAACGGCAACCCUCCACCCACCACCAUCACCUGGACCGCGGCGUCCGGUGCGUUGCCGGACACGGUGGUGGCAGACGGCAACAAGCUGAUGGUAAAGAAGGUGGAUGACGCCGUCAACACCACCUUCAUCUGCGAGGUCAAGAACAAGCUCGGGGCCAGCAGGCACCACAUCACCACCAUCGUCAUCGAAGCCUUGGAGGAUCCGCCCAGCGCCGGCGUUGUGGCGGGCGCCAUCAUCGGCUCCCUUCUGGCCCUGCUAUUGGUUGUCACGCUCAUUGCCGUUCUCCUGACCCGCAGCCGCCGACAGCAGAGGCGUGGCUACCCCAGCAGCGGGGACUCCAUAGCAACGGGCAGCGGCGGGAGCAAUGGCGGGGACUAUGGCAAUAAGGCCCGUCUGCUUUUCAGCGGGACCGGCAACAGCAGCAGCAAGAACGGGACCGGAGCGAACAACAACGGGCCCAUCUACACGUACCGGGAGGGCUGCGACGCCACGGGAACUCUGACAGAAAAGGCCAACGAUUACCACCACCAUCAUCUCCACCACUCCUCGACCGGCAACCCCCCCUCUGCCCAUGACAUCCUCCUUAGUGGGGAGAUGGGUGAAGGUGAGAGGAGGAAGUUCGACCUGGAUGACAGCAUGGAAGAAGAAGAGGAGCAGUAUGACAGGUUCGGAGGAGUCGGGGGAAGCGGGAACAUGCUGCCUCCGGCCUAUCACGUCCGCAGAGGCCACGGCGGCGAAGAGGAAAUGGAUGUGUACCUCGACGACGACAUGGAGUCUCAGAGAGAUGGCUCUGUCAUUUCCCGGACUGCCAUUUACGUCUGAGGACGAAGGAGAGGAAAGAAAAGACGAGGGCUGAAAAUAGAGAAAGGAGAUGUGGUGGAGGAAGAGGGGAGUCCAAGCCAGCCCCCCCCCCUUCACCACCAAAUAAUUCAACAUUGCCUCCAUCAGCUAAACUCCUACCUGCUUAACAUUUACCCUGAUUAAAGAGAUGCCAUUGAUUAUAUCCUCUCUGCUUGACUGCAACUGUGUCAUUUUAUAAAAAGAGGAUUUAAAGAAAAAUGAUAAAAAGGAAACAGAAAGUCAAAAUGAAGUUGUUGUGAAGCUGAUGAAGGGAAACUUGUGGUGGCAAUAGUGCACUGUGUGUUUAACUGUAUCAUGGAGACAGAUGUCUUUCAGUGUCAGCCAAACAUGACAAAAUCUUAAAAAAAAAGAAGAAAAAAAAAACUGCAAAGAGCAAAACCACAGCAACUCUGACGCGAUGCUGCUAAUUGCUACGUUCUUGUUUCUUCAGCUUUGCCAGUGUGUGAUUAUGUGCUGAGUGACUACAUUGUUUGUAUUUUAUACCUGACAAGAAAACAUAAUCUGCAAAGCCGCAAACACCGAAACCACUACUCCUAAACACCACUAUUCAAAACUUGCCUUCCUGUUCCAGAAUAAAAGAAAUAGAUGCUUCAUCACGUUGAACUUCUGUGGAUGUCGCCGCUGCUCUGACGCUUCACCUGAAUCGUUUUGAAACUUGAAAAAAAAAAAAAGGCCAAA